UCACCCCAUCUACACCCUUGUCUCUGAAUUCUACUUGCACAUACUGCACUAUACAUUGUGCAGAAUUAUGGAGGCGCCUACUACAAUGAAGACACAUGAAUACUAACAAAGCACAAAUUGAACACUUGAAAAUUGGAUACAUAUUUGUUUUUAGGUGGUACGUAUCCAGAGGGUAGAUUUGGUUAGAUCAGUGACAUUGGAUUAUGCCAGCACUGCCAAAGUGCUCUGUCCAUCUGUAUCACCCUUCCCCAGUUGCUACGAGUAGUACUAUAACUGGUUUCCAACUGGCUAUGGGAAAAGGCGCCAAUAGUUCAUUACUGUUAAGUUUGUGACUAUAUCCCUAUCGCAAAUUCAAAACCACAGCAAAAACUCAAUUUGCUCCCUACUGCAAAAAUAAAUCCCUUUUUAAAAAUCAAGAAUGACAAACUUCCCUUAACGGUUGCCCCGUAAUUUGUGUGUGUAUUUUUGGGGCUGGGGUGAACAUAAUCAUUUAUAAAUUUGUCCCCCUGCUUCCUUUCUCGUCCUAUUGGUACAGUCAUUGUUUUGGAUGGGAACAUGGUAACGACAUAAAGGAAGGUGAUGGCUGACUAGCAGGUAUGAAUUACCUAGCACAUUGCUAUGGAGGCUGUGGCCUCCUGUUAAAGCUCUUGUUAUCUUAAGCAUGAGGGGCUAACAGAAGAAACUUAACCAUGAUUAGGUGAUUACUGGCUGGAACAAAAUAAUGAUUGGUUUAAUACUUUAAUCCUACUAAAUCUCUGAGAUUCAGUCCUGAAAGGUUUCCAAAACAAAGCAACAGGACAGUAAGGUUUUGUUGUUAACAUUCUUAUGUCUUGAUGGUAACUUUUGCCUGGCCUUUUCUUUGUAUAGGUACUUUAGAUUUCUGUGUUGUUCUUCUACUACUUGCUGUACAAUUCAGGUGGCACCAAUGCCGACCACCGCAGUAUUCUACUAGCUGCCUAACCUUGGUGAUUGUGAGUAUGGAUAGUCAUGUAACUUGUUUUAGACAAUCUAAGCAAAGUCACAGCUGCAUACCUUCGUUUUUUUUACAAACAGAAUAGACUUUUAUUCCAACCAGAACAUCCUUUCUUUACUUAAGGUCGUAUGUUUACGGCUAGAACUCAAGCCAUUCAAAACCACUGACCAUAUUGUUGUCCAAAGACGAUAUCACAUUGCGGCCACUCCCACUAGCGUUGGGGAGCAAGAACCACCAAUCCAGAUCUGAUUAUACAGAUAAAUGCGCGAUCCUAAUUAUAUCAACACUACACCGUUAAGAGAAAGAUCGUAAGAAAAUACGCAUUGAAAGAAAGUAAUGUCAAGUUGCUCUCUGAUACAAUAUGCACACCUCUAGAUUUCUUGACCCAUGCGACCUGCCCUGACAACGGGGGUGGGUGGGACAGGUGGGUGACAGGAUAGUGUUACAAUGGAAAACAUGGCACCCUGUAGUUAAACAUGGCGUCCUGUACUUUAACAUGAUUUAAGUACAUGUAAGAUAAAGUCCUCCAGUUUGACACACCAGACUGGUAGAAAAAUGGCAAAACUGAGAAUGCGCACCAAGUUUCGUACCACCAUGGAACUGUUUUCGGGCUUAUUCGUAGGCUUUUGGCUCAUGUUGAUGUUAAACACGCCACCAAGACAAACUACUCGGAACUGCAAUUUGCCCGACAAAUACAAUAUUUCGCAGGCUUUCCAUCAGAUACAGUUGGCAAAAUUUCAAGACAAGACACGCGUCUCGAUAAAAAAGCAACACCAAAACCAUCUCUACAUCGGCGUUUUGACAGCAAAAAAAUAUCUACAGUCGCGAGCAGUGGCAGUCUAUGAAACAUGGGGGAAACAAGUUCCGGGAAAAGUCGAAUUCUUCUCCGCCUACGACCCCAAACAUCGAACUCCCAGGGGAAUCCCAGUGGUCACCAAUAUUCCAGGGAUCGACGACACCUACCCGCCUCAGAAGAAGUCCUUCCUGAUGCUGAAGUACAUGCAUGACUUUUACAUUGACAAGUAUGAGUGGUUCAUCCGAGCAGAUGAUGAUGCUUACAUUCGCGUGGACAAGCUACAAAGAUUUUUACGUUUGGUCAACUCCAGUAAACCUCUCUACAUUGGGCAAUCUGGGUCCGGUAAGAAAAAUGAAAUCGGUAAGUUAGGCUUGGGUCCCAGUGAUAACUACUGCAUGGGAGGACCUGGCGUGAUCUUAAGCCGAGAGACACUGCGGCGAAUAGCCCCACACAUUUCACACUGCUUGAAGAACAUGUACUCCAAACACGAAGACGUGGAGAUCGGGAUAUGUAUCAAGAGAUUUGCGAACGUUUCCUGUACCCGCGCUUCUGACGCUGAGCGUAUAUUCUUCAGCGACUACAGGAAUUACAGAAAGGGUAGUGUGCAGCACCUGUAUCCUGGUUUAGUUCAACACAGCAUCACUCUACACCCAAACAAAGGUCCAAAAGAUCAGUACAAGUUCUACACAUACUUCUUAGCCCUCAGACUUGAGGCUUUACAGCAACGGACGCUCGAGCUUUUUCGUACCAUUGGUAAAAUGACCAAUGAGCUUCAUUCCUCCAAUGAGAUCAAAAGAUCACCGACGUCUCUGACCAAUUAUAAACCGAGAGACAUCAGAGGCGUCAUGGCAUGGGACUACUUUACACGCAGAAAGAUGCAAGGGUACUUAACUAGGGAAGCUAGCAGAAGACUCAUCGAUCUCUUGAGGACACGCAUUAAGGAUGCGUCGAUAACGGUGACGGACAUUGUUAAUAAAGCAUCACGCAAGGAGCGCCGUCGAGUCCAGGUCUACGACUUACGACAUGGAUAUUGGAAAGUCAGUCCACAACACGGACUGAGCUACGUCCUUCACUCAUCUCUUCUGAUUAAGGAAUUUCGCAACCGCCAUAGAAGAACGUUUAACGCCACGAGGAGGCAGGACUAUUUCCACCAGUCGCUUGGUCCCGCAGUGUUGAUGGAAAACACUGCGGGUAAAUCGUACAAUACGACCGCGUCUUCUCCCUCUGUCCCUCAACGUGACACUCCCACAGUCCACGUCAUCGUCCCAUUGGUCGGCCGUAUGGAAACCUUUAAAAGAUUCAUGCGCAACUACGAAAAAGUGUGUCUCCAAACGAACGAGAACGCCAAGCUAUUGGUUGUAUUAUUCAAACACGAAGACUCGUCGAAAGACGAAAGUCUACGCGUUCAUUUAUUGAUGAAGUCCUACCAAAUUAAGUACCCUAAAGCUUACCUGGAAGUACUUGAUGUGAAGGGUAGGUUUUCCCGCGGAGUUGGACUACAGCUGGGAGCCUCUCAUUUUCCCAGGAAUGCGCUUCUCUUCUUUUGUGACGUUGACCUGGUCUUCCCACAGGGAUUCCUACAACGCUGCCGCUCCAGAACCGUUGCCAAAAAACAGGUGUACUAUCCUGUGAUGUUCAGUCAGUACGAUCCUCAGUUCGCUCACGGUAGCCAAUCAAAUGCGAGAACAACACCUCCACAAACCAAUCAACCGAUUCUUAAGAACCAGUUUGAAUUCAACAAGGAGAAAACUAUGGACGAUUUUUACCAGUUUAGCAAAGAUUCUGGAUAUUGGAGACACUACAGCUACGGGAUGGUCUGUGUCUACAGGGAAGACUUCUUUCGUUCGGGAAAGUUUGAUACCGCCAUCAAAGGCUGGGGCUUGGAAGAUCUGGACCUGUGUGAUAAAUUCGCAGCUACUGGAAUGAACGUAUUUCGGGCGACUGACCCAGGAUUGGUACACGUCUACCAUCCCAUGCAUUGUGACCCUAGGCUUAGAACAAGACAAUACAACAUGUGCCUAGGGUCUAAGGCUAAUACAUACGGCAGUGCUGCUAAGCUAGGUGAAAGAUUGCUGGAAAUCAAGGACAAAAAUAGGACGCUACACUAAGACAACAAAACAACAGUUUUAAGGGUAAAAAAGAAGAAUAUCUACCCUAAAGCCAUGUCUUGUACGAUUUGAUACGCCCGUCACUUUUUACUUCACCCAAUGCCAUGGGAGUAAAGUUUUGUUUUUGCUCUGUAUG